AUGACGCGUUGGCCCGUCCUACUGCUCGCACUGCUCUCGGUGGCUUUCGGCCAUGUCCCGGCCGCUGUGGCCAUAAUUCCCGGCCCAAAUGGCGCCGGUGCCAGCCUUUCUCCGAGCGGUCCCGGCAGUUCCGGAGGUCCGUUCGCUGACGAGGCAUCGGCACCAUCGUCUCAGCCACACCACCAUGAACCCUACCAACCGCAGUCGCUGCUGCUGCAACAUCAACCGAACCAGCAACAACAACAGCAGCAGCAGCAGCAGACGCACUCGUCCGGCUCCUAUAUCACGAAGAUGCCGGAGAACUCGCCGCACCAGAAGUUCCACAACAACCGGACGGUGCUGACGCUCGGCUAUCUGACCGCGGUCAAGGGCGAUCUGAUCGAGAAGCAGGGUCUCACGAUCUCGGGUGCACUGACGAUGGCACUGGACGAGAUCAACAACGAUCCGGACCUGCUGCCGAACGUGACGCUGGCACUGCGCUGGAACGACACGCGCGGCGAAACCGUGGUCGCGACCCGCGUCAUCACUGAAAUGAUCUGUGAUGGUGUGGCCGCCUUCUUUGGCCCCGAGGGCACCUGCCAGACUGAAGCCAUCGUCUCGCAGAGCCGCGACAUACCAAUGAUCUCCUACAGAUGUUCCGAGCUUCAACGUAGCUCACCUAUUCCUACCUUCGCCCGAACCGAGCCACCCGAUACUCAGGUUACCAAAUCCAUCAUCUCGCUGCUGUCCUACUACGGUUGGCGCAAAUUUUCCAUCAUCCACGAGCAGCUGUGGAAGAACGUGGCCACGUCGCUCGAAACGCAAGCCGCCCACAACAACCUGUCCGUCAAUCACGUCGAGAUGGUGUUCGACAACUACAAGUGCUGCCAGGACGACAUGGAUUGCUGCCGUAGUGGAUAUUGGUACACGGUCAUCCAAAAAACGAUGAAUAGGACCCGAAUCUACGUGUUUCUCGGCAAUAGUAAUCAACUUGUCGAUAUGAUGGCCACCAUGGACGGUAUGCAGCUCUUCGCUAAGGGCGAAUAUCUCGUGAUUUCUGCCGACAUGAUGACUUAUUCGCCUAAGCUAUCGAAUAAGUAUUUGUGGCGCGUGGAAAAACCACCGAACGUGCGAAACUGUAUGGACCUGCCGGGGAAUUUCGAGAAACGCAGCAAAAGUUUACUCGUAGUCGUCGCCUCGGAACCGCUGCCCACGUUCGAGAACUUCACGAACAAAGUGCGCGAGUACACGCAAAAGGAGCCGUUUUUCUUCAAACAACCAUCGUUGUUUAAUCAGUUUUUGAAGUAUGUUUCAAUAUACGCGGCCUAUCUGUACGACUCGGUGAAGCUGUACGCCUGGGCGCUGGACAAACUGCUAAAGGAGGAGCAGCAACAUCGGCCGCUGACAAGCGACGUCAUCCGGGACGUAGCCAGCAACGGCACCAAGAUCAUCCAAACCAUUAUCAACAAUCGUACCUACCACAGCGUUGCCGGUGCCACCAUCAAAAUCGACGACUACGGUGACUCGGAGGGCAACUUCUCGGUGCUGGCGCUCAAGCGAGACUCUUACGAGGAGGCAAACUUCUCCUGCGAGUACCAGAUGCGGCCGGUCGCGCACUUUCAGAUGCGGCAACCGCAGAACCUCAACGACACGAACCAGCACCGAAACGAUGAGAUUCCAGAGUUCAAACUGUCCAAGGUUGGCAGCACGAUCCACUGGGCCGGCUCGGAUCGGCCGAUGGACGAACCGUCCUGCGGUUUCAUGAACGAGCACUGCAUGAAAGAUGACACCCACAUCAUGUCGAUGGUGGUCGCCGGCGUGCUGGCUUUGAUACUCUUCUGUGCCGGCGUCAUCACGAUGAGCAUCUACCGAAAAUGGAAAAUCGAGCUAGAAAUUGAGGGCCUGCUGUGGAAAAUCGAUCCGGGUGACAUCAAGGGCUACUUCAACACGGAAAUCGUUUCCUCACCGAGCAAGCUCAGUCUGGCCAGCGCCCAAUCGUUCGGAUCCCGGUGCUCGAAUCAGGUGUUCACACCGACUGCCCGCUUUCGGAACGUGGUGGUGCGCAUCAAGGAGCUGAAGUUUUCCCGCCGCAAGGACAUCUCGCGCGAGAUCAUGAAGGAGAUGCGGCUGCUGCGCGACCUGCGGCACGAUAACAUCAAUAGCUUCAUCGGGGCCUGCGUGGAACCGAUGCGGAUAUUACUAGUCACUGAUUAUUGUGCCAAGGGGAGCCUGUACGAUAUCGUCGAGAACGAGGAUAUCAAGCUAGAUGAUUUAUUUAUUGCAUCACUGGUGCAUGAUUUAAUUAAGGCCAUGAUCUACAUCCACAGUUCAGCUUUAAACUAUCACGGUAAUCUGAAAUCGUCGAACUGCGUCGUGACGUCGCGCUGGAUGUUGCAGGUGACGGAUUUCGGUCUGCACGACCUGCGCCAUUGUGCGGAGAACGAAUCGAUCGGUGAACACCAGCACUACCGAAAUCUGUUCUGGAAGUCACCGGAGCUGUUACGCCAACCGAACGUGUACGGCAGCCAGAAAGGAGACGUGUACGCGUUUGCGAUUAUACUGUUCGAAAUUAUCGGCCGGCGGGGCCCGUUUGGGUACACGGAGCUGGAACCGAAGGAGAUAAUUGACCGCGUGAAAGCGCUGGUCGAACCGGGUAAGGACCCGUUCCGGCCCGACAUCGAGAGCGUCAUCGAGAACGAGAAUGUGUCGGAUUAUGUGAUCAACUGCAUACGCGAGUGCUGGGACGAGAAUGCUGAUCUCAGGCCGGAUUUUCCAAAUAUUAGGAAUCGCUUAAAGCGUAUGCGCGGCGGAAAGUCAAAGAACAUCAUGGACCAGAUGAUGGAGAUGAUGGAGAAGUACGCGAACAACCUGGAGGAGAUCGUGCAGGACCGGACGCGGUUGCUGUGCGAGGAAAAGCGCAAGACGGAGGACCUGCUGCACCGGAUGUUACCGCAGCCGGUUGCGGAGAAACUGACCAAAGGGCUCGGUGUCGAGCCGGUAUCGUACGACUCGGUUACGAUCUACUUCAGCGACAUCGUUGGUUUUACAGCGAUGUCCGCCGAGAGCACACCCCUGCAGGUCGUCAACUUCCUCAACGACCUGUACACGGUGUUCGAUCGCAUUAUUAAGGGGUACGACGUCUACAAGGUGGAAACGAUCGGUGACGCGUACAUGGUGGUGUCCGGGUUGCCGAUCACGAAUGGAAACCGGCACGUCGGUGAGAUCGCUUCGAUGGCGCUGGAACUGCUGCAAGCCGUAAGGAGUCAUCGGAUUGCACACAGGCCCAAUGAAACGCUGAAACUUCGCAUCGGCAUCCACACGGGACCGGUUGUUGCAGGUGUUGUGGGCUUGACCAUGCCCCGGUACUGCCUGUUCGGAGACACAGUCAAUACGGCGUCCCGUAUGGAAUCGAACGGUGAAGCACUCAAGAUCCACAUCUCACCCCAGUGUAAGGACGCGCUUGACACACUCGGAGGAUACGUGACAGUUGAGAGAGGUCGCAUUGCAAUGAAGGGCAAGGGUGAAGUGAUGACAUACUGGCUAGAAGCGGCCACCGAGCAAGCGAUUCAAAAGAUUCCGGUUGACGUGCGUGAUCUGCCUCCACCAUUGUUCUGCCGGCCUCGGCGAAGUCCCAAGAUGACGUACGACUCGCGACAUCCGAGCAUCAUAGGACUGCCGAGUGGCAUGAUCAUGAGCAUGGGUGGACAGGCCAUUGGCAGCUACCUUCCUGGCAGUCGACGGCAAUCCUGCGCCCAUCGGGUCGGUGUUGGAGGUGGUGCAGAUCACGAAAGCAACUACAGUUUGCAGGGUUCCGUCUUCGGUCCAAUGGUGCCACUCCGAGCGGACUCUCCACCACCGGAGAGGGCUUCACGUAGAGCCGAUUUAACCGGUCGCGAAGGUUCGAUACCGUUCCACGACGACGGAGAUGAGCUGCCAGCAAAUCCUGCAACGGCGUUAAGUGGCCGGAUUGCCUCCAGUGACAACCUGAAGCGAGCGCUGUUGGGAGGCAGCAGUCCCGGACGCCGUCUGAGCCAAAAAUUGCGCUCCAUUACGUCCACCGAUGACUACAAACAGCUGUGCAGUGCGAAUGGUGGAGGCCGUUCACCGGAAGCGGCACUGUUGCGUGAGAGUCGCUCACUCGAUCCGUUCCCAGUGACAGCUGAACCCCGUCGUCGGCGGCUCGAUCUGUUGGCCAAGCGUGUACCUCGACUAGCGCGAGCACUAACGACCGCUACCGUGCCGUCUCGCACUGGCUCACAAUCGUUCGGACCCGUUUCAACGGUUCCAACGACACCUACGGCCGUGGCAACGAUCAGCCAUGAGUCCUUCACGGAACCGGGUCGUGGUCAGCCGGACGUCAAACUGGCCGGUCUCGCAAAGCCACUCCUGGCCACGGCACCAAACCACAGCCACAGCGAGGCAGCGGCGUACCACAAGUACCUGCACAACAACAACUGCAACGGGUCGGUCGGCAAUGGUGCGGGUGCCGAGGAGCAAGUCACCUGCCCACUAUUAACACGCCAGACAUCCCUAACCACGCCACAGGAACACGACUGUCCGGGAUUGUACACGGCAAACAGCGGAAGCGGCAAACGAUGGUACUCGCUCGAGCACGUUGGAGCACCGGAUGAGGACAGCUGUAGUAAGAAGUCGCUAACGCGCAGCUCCAUCAAGUCCUGGCUGGUUGGGUUCAUCCAGGGCAACGGGUUUAAAUCGAGUGACAGCUCCCUGCGUAAGGUUGGCGUGCUGCCGGUCGGUGUUGGCGGUGUGACCGGGUUUGGGGAGUUGCAACCGACACCGGAGAAGGAAAGCAUGGUGUGAGCUGAACAACUCCAGCAGCCAGCAGUCCAUGUAGCAACCGUGUCCCUCUCCCUGCGUGUCUAUUAUCCUCUCAUUCAUCACCCCCACAAUCGAAGGAUCCAACGAUCACCGAAUCAACACGGCACGAAGGCUCGCCGGAGUUCGUCACUACGAUCGCACCUUGUCGACGGGAUCGUGUAUUUUGUUUUUUUAUUUUACGCUCUUAGUUUUCGUUUGUCUGUUUUCCACUUAUAUUUCCCUACCCAAAACUAUCUAGCCUGAUUGUAAUCCGAGUGCCAUGCUUUUGAAAAAGUAAACAAACAUACAACCGAACAGUGGGCGCAACAGACACGCCGAGUAAAUUGGAAAUGCAGCAGUCGCAAGGACCGCAAGGUAGCACGCGAAAGAAAGGCGGAUGUGGGGGAGCACACGUGUGUUUGUGUGUGUGUAUGUGUAUGUGUGAAGGGGCCUGUGUAUGCCUGUGUUUUAUGUGGGCGUGAAGAGAAGAUCGAAGAAUGUUCAGGCCCGAGAACGGAUGAUUUGGUCGCAUUUUCCUCAUGCGCGCUAGUCUUCCGUGGGUGUUUUCACUUCUCGUUUUAACGAUUUUAAAGCCCCAUCCCUCGAGCUAGUGAAGGAAACCUUAGGACAGACCGGAUCCGAGGGCUGACGUUUUUAAAGUGCACACAUCGCGAAAGCGUCAACUUUUAAGUGGUACCAUAAGGGCGUACAAGCGGCCAACAACGUGGUUCGGAUUUGUUAAGAUGUGAUUGUAACCGGAAGCGAUGGAUAGGAAAAGUAGAGGAAAAUAGAGCAGGCACGAAAGAGCGUUACGGAAAGCACGAAGAAACGGAAGGAAAUGAAAAACAACUAGGCUGUGAAAAUAGAAGUUAAUCAAUUAAGCAUGUUUAUAGUUUCUUUCUGUGCGCACCGCGAGUGCGAACAUGAUGCGUUUGGGGAGUUAUUGUGCUUUUGCCUCUGGUAGAGUGCCACACUCCCAACGAUCCGUAAAAAUACAACACACACACACA